AGUCAGGCUGCGGGCGCUGGGCGGAGGAGGCGGCACCGGAGGAGGCGGGGCCCCCGCAGCCCCGCCCCGGGCCCGCGGGCUCGCCGUAGCGUCUGGGGCUUCAGCUGUCUCCGCAGCUGUGUCCGCCGCCACCUCCUUUACCGCCGUUGCCUCUGCCGCUGCCGCCCUGUCCCGCCGAGGCCAUGGCGGAGCCGAGCAAGCAGGACAUCGCGGCCGUGUUCAGGCGUCUCCGCUCCGUGCCGCCCAAUAAGAUGUGCUUUGACUGUGGUGCCAAAAACCCCAGCUGGGCCAGCAUAACAUACGGCGUGUUUCUCUGUAUCGACUGCUCAGGCACACAUCGCUCUCUGGGGGUUCACCUGAGCUUCAUUCGGUCUACCGAGCUGGACUCUAACUGGUCUUGGUUUCAGCUGAGAUGCAUGCAAGUCGGAGGGAAUUCCAAUGCUUCUUCCUUCUUUCAUCAGCACGGCUGUACAACAAAUGAUACCAAUGCCAAGUAUAAUAGUCGGGCUGCUCAGCUUUAUCGGGAGAAGAUCAAAUCCCUUGCUUCCCAAGCAGCUCGGAAGCAUGGCACUGAUUUGUGGCUGGAGAGCUGUGUGGUUCCGCCGUCGUCACCGCAGCAGAAAGAGGAGGAUUUCUUUGCUUCCCAUGCUUCUCCCAAGGUUAGUGGCCCAGAUUGGGCAUCAGCACAGACAGAGCCAGUUCCUUUCAGACCAAGUUCUUCAGAAGCCGUACCAGAGCAUGCCGAAGGUGGACCAGAGCAAGGACCAAGUGUUGAUGGCCUGAGUGUGUCACCAAAGGCUUCAUUAGAUGUUUCCUCUCUCAUAAAAAAGAAACCAACCCAAGCUAGAAAGGGGCUUGGGGCCAAGAAAGGAGGCUUGGGAGCCCAGAAGGUGAGUGGCUCGAGCUUUAGUGACAUCGAGAAGCAGGCCCAGGCAGUGGAGAAGAGGCGGGAGCAGGAGGACCUGCAGACGCCCAAGGAAGAGUCCAUAGUGUCGUCAUUACGAUUGGCCUACAAGGAUCUGGAAAUUCAAAUGAAGAGAGAUGAGAAGAUGAAUUUUGGUGGCAAAAAGAAAAUAGAAUCUGAAAGACUUGGCAUGGGGUUUGGGAACACCAGAAGUGGAAUCUCCCACUCUGUGGUGUCAGACAUGCAGACCAUAGAACAGGAGACGCCCAUUCUGGCCAAACCAAGGAAGAAAUACAGCGAUGACAAGGAGGAUUCCUAUUUUGCUUCAGCCAGUACAAGGUACUUUGAGGACCCUGCCGACAUGAGGAGCAGCCCUGUCGCUAAAUGGGACGACAGCUCAGACACCUUUUGGAGGAACGAGCCCAUCAGAGAGACAGAGACCAUUCUGAGCUCAAAAGGCAUGAGCUAUGUGGACAGACCGACUUCACGUCGCAAGCCUGAUUACGAACCAGCUGGAAAUACAGAUGAGGCACAAAAAAAAUUUGGCAACGUCAAAGCCAUUUCUUCGGACAUGUAUUUUGGAAGACAAGACCAAGCUGAUUAUGAGACCAGGGCUCGGCUAGAGAGGCUCUCGGGAAGCUCCUCCAUAAGCUCGGCUGACUUGUUUGAUGAUCAGAGGAAACAGUCUUCAGGAAACUACAACCUUAGCAACGUCUUGCCAAACGCCCCAGACAUAACGCAGUUCAAACAAGGAGUGAGAUCGGUGGCAGGGAAGCUCUCUGUACUGGCCAACGGAGUCAUGACAUCCAUUCAGGACCGCUACGGCUCCUGAUCACAGCCUGUGAUGGCACAUGGCGCCUGGCUGUGCUGCCUUUGGUGUUCCCAGCUGUCACACCACGAGUCCAGCCACCUUUCUGUCGAGCAGGGAGCUUUCGGAUGGUUCACUUCCUUUUGGAGAAAUUCUUUUUCUUGCUGUAGUAGAAGCUUUUGAGUAAUUUCUGUUAAUUUAUGGCACAUGUUGAUUCCUUACCCCAGCCCAUGCUCCUAGGGGGCCUGCACAGGCAGCCUGGCUUUCCUUUCUAUGUCUGGCCACACUUCCCAUCACAGCCAUGGGCUCGAGAGAGUGGCCAAAGGGAGGGCCCGGCAUCCCCUCUGCCCCUCUUUCCCUCAUCUCCCAAAUCUCCCUUCUCUGAGGAGGGGCUUUCAGAGCUGCUGACCUGAUGCUUACAGCAGUCUAGACAUGGAAAAUGCCCCAUGCAAACACUUCCUUCAAAGGGACCAUUGUCAACCAAAGCUGAAGCUCCCCAAACUAUUCUAGGCACAUUCCUAAGUUCCUGCAUCUCUGUUCGUUAAAAGUGAUGGGAGAGUUGUACUGAAAACGGUAUUUCCCUUUUAAAAUUGUUAACUUUGUAUGAAAUACAAGAUUUUUUUAAAUUUGCCAAUGAGUGCAUUAAAUAAAUCUAAGCUUUCACGUAGCUUCAGGAAUGAAUUAAUCUUGCUGCUUGGAGGGCGGGGUCUCCAAGGUUCUGGAGAGAUGCAGGCUGAGAAUUCGGGGUCUGCUUUCGCAAGGCGAUACAGUAUACAGAAUGGAAAGGGAAAAAAUUGGGUACGCACACAUGCAAACAUAUACACACACAUGCACAUACAUGUUUGUACACACACACAGCUUUACACAUGAUCUCUACCAGCACCUGGCAAGGAUACCAGAUGUGACAGUGAAGGGUUUUGUUGCUAUUUUCACCUAAAUCUUGGGUUUCAGCAAAUCACAGAAUGCCUCCAAAUGAAGAAAAACCAAUGGGCUGGUUGUGUUUUAGACACAGAGAAAACACAGGCGAGAAAUUUGGCAAACCGGAAAAUUAGUACCAACUGAAUGUUGAAUGAAUCUUUUCCAUAAGAUGCUAAAAUCUCAAAUUUGUAAACUUCUCAAGCUAAUAAAUAGUUGCAGUAGA